AUAGCGUCUGAUGCACACGAUUGCGCCGGCCAGUUUGCAAACGUGGUAGUAGCGGAAAAUUUGUGUUGGUGGCGGUCAGAGAACAGAGAAGCUCUAUAACCGGACGUGGUUUAGUCGCGGUCCGUACACGAACGGCGACGGUUCGCAACUCGAACAUCAAAGUUCGCGUCGGUGCACUGUGACGGAUGUAAAAGAGAGAGAUUUUCGCUGACAAGGGCCACAAUAUCAAACAGUCAUGGUAAAAGCGUACAACGGCGCAUUGAUCCUUGCGGACGUAUUGCUGCUUAUCUUGAAGAUCCUAUAUUACAUUUGCGAGAGCGUGUAUAAAUUUUUUGUUCCAGCAGAAGAAAAAAGCGUAUCUGGUGAAAUAGUUUUGAUAACAGGCACUGGUCAUGGUAUCGGCAAAGAAUUGGCCCUUCGUUAUGCGUCAUUGGGCGCAACGGUGGUUUGCUGGGACGUGAACCCAGAAUCGAACGAACAGACGGUGAAUGAAAUAAAGAAAUCUGGAGCAGCCACAGCAUACGCAUAUCAAUGCGACGUGUCGAAGAGAGAGCAAAUCAUCAGCGUAGCCGAAAGAGUCAAAAAAGAAGUCGGUGACGUGACUAUUCUAGUUAAUAAUGCUGGAAUCAUGCAGUGCCACGCAUUCCUUGAUCACACAGCCGAUGAAAUUAGACGGGUCUUUGAUAUUAACGUGCUAGCCCACUUCUGGAUGCUACAAGCGUUUCUUCCAACGAUGAUCGAAAAAAACCAUGGCCACGUAGUUGCACUCUCCUCACUGGCUGGAAUCGGUGGCCUUCCAAAUUUAGUUCCGUACUGCGCUUCGAAAUUUGCAGUUAGAGGGCUUAUGGAAUCGAUCAGCGAGGAACUACGAAUAACCAGCAAAGGAAAAUCAAUGAUUAAAUUCACCACCAUUUAUCCUUACAUGGUAGACACUGGUCUUUGCAAGAAACCAAAAAUGAGGUUCCCGAGUGCCAUGCCGUUGGUUUCACCGGGACAAGCAGCCUCAGAAAUAAUUCAGGCGCAAAGGCGCAAUUACCGCGAAAAAACUGUGCCUCAACAUUGGUUAACAAUCAGUACGAUAACAAGACUUUUGCCCGACAACGCAAUACGCUGCUUGAUCGACUUUUGUGACAGCGGUGUUGAGGUUCCAGACAGCUAACAACUGCAAACAGAAAUCCUUGAUUAAUUUAAAACAUGUGAAUAAUGUCAAUAGAAAACAAUGUAGUGUUCACGAUAAUUUCUUUCAAUAUUGUACAAAAAAUUUAUUUACCAUUUACGUUAUAUUAUACGUAUUGUUAUUAGUAUAAAAUACCUACAUUUGCGCAUUAAUUCUUGACAGGGCUUAGUCGUGAUUUAUUAAUAAUUAUUGAGAAUAGCCAAACAAACAUCCUUGAUUAAUUUGAAACAUGUGAAUAAAAUUUGUUUUUAUAUCGUAUCCAAUAGAUAAUUAUGUCAUUAUUUAUAAGACGUCGUACAAAAUAAAUUUCAGGGUAGCC